GUAGUGUUGCACUAUAUUUAGCAAUAUCAGGGGACCAGAUUUAACUGAAAGAAAAGAAAUGGCGACAUCGAAGGGUGCAAAUACGUAUAAUCGACAAAACUGGGAAGAUUCUGAAUUCCCAAUCCUUUGUCAGACAUGUCUUGGUGAUAACCCAUACAUAAGAAUGAUGAAAGAAAAGUAUGGAAAGGAAUGUAAGAUUUGUGUCCGACCUUUCACAGUAUUCAGGUGGUGUCCCGGAGCAAGGAUGAGAUACAAGAAGACUGAAGUUUGUCAGACAUGUUCAAAAAUUAAAAAUAUUUGUCAGACCUGUCUGCUUGAUUUAGAAUAUGGUUUACCAGUACAGGUUAGAGAUGCAGCAUUGAAGAUACAGGACAACAUGCCUAAAUCUGAUGUCAACAAGGAAUUUUAUACACAGAAUAUGGAGGACAAAAUGGCACAAGAUGGUUUAAAUUCAUCAAGUGCUUUAGGUAAAGCAAUGGCUCCUAGUGAUAUGUUGUUAAAGUUAGCUAGAACUACACCCUAUUACAAGAGAAACAGACCACAUAUUUGUUCAUUCUGGGUCAAAGGUGAAUGUAAAAGAGGAGAAGAAUGCCCAUACAGACACGACAAACCAACAGAUCCUGAUGAUCCACUUGCUGAUCAGAACAUAAAAGAUAGAUUUUAUGGUAUGAAUGACCCAGUGGCAGAAAAGUUAAUGAGACGAUACAGUGACAUGCCUAAACUGACCCCUCCAGAUGAUAAAACUAUUACUACAUUAUAUGUAGGCAAUCUAGGAGAAAAGAUAGAAGAGUCAGAAUUAAAAGACCAAUUCUACCAGUUUGGUGAGAUAAGGUCUGUCAAUAUUGUCACUAAACAACAAUGUGCAUUUGUACAGUUUACAACAAGGGCAGCCGCUGAAACAGCUGCAGAAAAAUCAUUUAACAAACUGAUACUUGGAGGCAGAAGGCUGACAAUAAAAUGGGGAAAAUCUCAGGCUCAACAAGGAGCUCCGGUGAAGAAAGAUGGCGAGGAAGAUGAAGCAGAGCUAGAACCUGUCCCAGGACUUCCAGGAGCUUUACCCUUGCCUCCAGAGGAGAUUGUCCACAAUAACAAUUUCUUUAAUUUAAAUGGACCUCCACCGAUGAUGAUGCCUCCUGUGCCACCACGACCACCGGGGGCGCCUAGAGGGCCACCACCUAACUUUGUACCAUUCACAUUCUUCAGGGGACCACCACCUCCAGGAAUGAGACUUCCUCCACCUCCUCCUGGUAUGAUGCCAAUGAGACCUCCCCUACAUCAUCAACAGCAGCAGCAACAACAACAGCAACAGAGGCACCAGUUACCUGUCCACUAUCCAUCACAAGAUCCUACAAGAAUGGGAGCAGUACCAGUUCAGAAAAACUGAUAUCCUGUCUGAUUCAGAGUGAAGAUUGGAACUUGUCAAUUCAGAAUUGUCAUGUUAUUUUGAAUAUUGAAGAUAACAGUUGUUUUUAAAAUCAUUGUGUAAUAAAAGAAAUAUCUGAAUGUAAAAUA